CACAGCCGCACUGCUGACACGUGCUCACCGUCGCCCCUCCGCUCUCCUCCCCCGCCCCCUGCAGGCGCCGGCUCCCCGGGAGGUGGGGGCCGGAGGGGAGAAGGCCGCUCGCCCGCUCUGACUUCCCCACCUCCCGCAGCCUCCGCGUCUGCGCGGCCGCGGCCCCUGCGGCGCCAGCUCUGCGGCGCUGGACAGGGUGUGUUUGGGGAGCGAGUUGUCCUGGCACAGGGCUGACACCCUGCAAACAUUUGCUGAGUGACUGAUGUCUGUCAGUCCUCAGGUUCCGACUCCUGUUCCCUGGGGAGCUCAGCAGGACCCUGGAACAGGGGGAGAAGUGGCCUGUCUUUCAAGUUCCACAUUCUGAAGAGAUGCAGAGCCUCAGACCUGAGCAGAUCCGGGGGCUGCUGGAGCCCGAGAGGGCGAAGACGCUGCUGCCUCGGGAGAGCAAGGCCUGGGAGAAGCGUGCUGCCCUCGCCGAGGACUGGGUCGCUGUGGAGGCCGGGCGCUCCAGCUGCGGCGGCGAGGACAGAGACCCACCUUCUCCCGAGACUGCGCUUCCCCAGGAGUGGAGCUCGGUGGAGGAAGACGAUGAGUCCGAAGACCCCCAGGGCUUUGUGGAGUGGUCAAAAGCUCCACAGCAGACGACCAUAGUCUUGGUAGUGUGUGUGAUCUUUCUGUUCCUGGUUCUAACUGGGAUGCCCAUGAUGUUCCACAUUUAACUAAUAAGGUGACUCUUGUUUCGAAAUAGAUGCCCUGCGUCAUGUUAGGGAAGAGCCCUGGUUUAAAAAAUCAGGAAUAGGUCUUGAAUAUUAUCAAAUGCCUUUUACACAUCCAUUGAGAUGAUUUUUCUUUUGUGUUUCACCUUUUCAUGUGUGGUUUCUGCAUUACUGUAUUUCACUGAACUGAAGACAUCUUGGACUGUAAAUGUGUAUUAUUUUGUGUACUCCUGAGAAAGAAACAGAAUACUGCUUAAAUGUAAGAUGUCGCCAAGUGGAAGAUGCAUCGUGACUUCAGAGGAGGUGAACACGUGUGCAACAUACAAGCAAUGAAAUUGAGUCAAUUUCUCAGUUACAAAUCACCUUUGCAGUCUUAGGAUGGUGGCGCACCUGGGUUUUCAGAUACUGAAUUCUGUCCCUUGAUAUUUUAUGUAGGAUCCUUGCCUCUGUCUUCUUACGUAAGAUUGGUGCUAUCUUUGUUUCAUUUUAGUAUUGGGGCUCGGCUUGCACCGCAGGAGGACCUGAGUAAUGUCUGACCUCUUGCUGUGCUUCCAGAUAAUUUCUGUGGCUUAUGCUGUACUCAGUCGUGUCCGACUCUCUGCGACCCCGUGGACGAUAGCCCACCGGGCUCCUCUGUCCAUGGAAUUUCCCAGGCGAGAUUACUGGAGUGGGUUGCCAUUUCCUCCUCCAGGGGAUCUUCCCGACUCAGGGACAGAAUCGGGGUCUCCUGUGUUGGCAGGCAGAUUCUUUACCACUGAGCCACCAGGGAAGCCCUUUCUUGAAGUUUAAGAAGUAUUAAUUCUUUGACGUGUGGAAAGAAUUCAGUAAAGGGAUCAGGUCCUGACAUCAUGGAAGGAAAAUUUCAGUGUGUUCUUAGAUGGCUUUCCAUUUCUUCUCUUGUUUUCAGCUCAUUAAUCCUUUUAAACUCCAUUAAUUUUGAUGAUUUAUAGUAUUUUUUUGUCCCCUAGACUAUUCUUCAUUCCACUGAAUAUUUUCCUCCAGAUGAUUAGCUUAAUUAUGAACAAUAUUUUUUGGCUUGGCCAAAAAGUUCAUUUGGGUUUUUCUAUAAGAUGGUAGAGAGAAACUUGAAUGAAUUUUUUGGCCAGCCCCAGUAUAAUUAAACAAAAUCUUCUCUUUAUUUUGUUCUGUCUCCAUUCUGCCUUUAAUUUGUCAAAGUUUUAUCUAGUUUAUUAUUUUUCUGAAGAACCAGCAUUAGGAUUUGUUUAUGUCCAUUAUUUCUCUAGUUUAUAAUUUUUUUUCCUUUAACAUGUAUUGGGUUAUUUUUUUGUUGUUUCUAUUCCUUGUCUCGAUUUUUAAGUUGACCUCUUAAUUUAUUUAUAUUCUUUUUAAAAAACUAUUUGCUGUAAUAGUGCAUUUAAUAAUAAUAAAUGUACUUCUGAUUAUAGCCUUGGCCACAUCUCAAAGUUGGAUAAUUCAUGUUCUUGUUUACCUUGUGUUGCCUAAGCAUUUUAUUGCAGGGUUUCUAACAAGUGAUUUGAAACUCAGCGACGAGGUUUUCCUAAAAAGAGGUUUCUCCCUGAUUUACUGUGAGUGGAGAAUGUGGCCCAUCAUGUCUGCCUUCAGAGCCUUUUAAGAAGCUUUUAUCCUGGCCUAGAACAUAUCCAGUGUCUGUGUAUGUUUCACGGACAUUUAAGAUGAAUAUAUAUUUUCUGUCUGCAGAAUUCAAAACUACAUGUCGGUUAAGUAACUUCAUCUUAUCAAUUACGUUGCUCAGAAUCACAUGCUAUUUAAUUUUUUCCAAACCUACAUGUCAAAAACCAAUAAGGCUAUGUAAAAAUCUGUUAUCGUUGAUUCCAUUUGUCAAUCUAUUUUUAUUGAUAUAUACUUUGUGUAUUUAGCAGCUGUGUAAUUUGGUGCAUAUACUAUAUAGAGCAUUGUUAUGUCUCUGUCAACUAAGCAAUACAUGUAAAACACCCAGCACAGUGCCGAGUAUAGAGCAGGCACUCAAUAAAGGCUGGUUAAAAUCCGA